UUCCUCAAAUCUCCCUCGCACUCGCUCGCAUCCAUUUCGGCUUCCUUCUCUCCCAAACCACCGACCACCCUUUUGCUCCGAUUUGCAGGAAGCUCGCAUCUUGAUUAACAGAUUCGAAUCUCUCUUCGCUUCUUGGUAGCAUUUUGCCCCUUCCACUUGUUAUGGCGGAGGAAGAGGUUGCAGCGACGGCGCCUUCGAGCCCUCCCCUCCACACGGAUCACAAGCGGAAGCACGAUGAAUUGGACCUACCCGCUGAAGCUCCGGUCGCGGAAGACGAGAAGCCCGGGGUGACUUCUGAUGUUGUGGAAGAUAAGGAAGAAAUCGAAGGCGGCGGCGACGAUUCGUCUGCAAUCGAUGGGGAUUCGCAGGAGGUCAAGCGGGCUAGGGUUGAGGAUAAGCCGGUGGACGAGCCUGUUGGUGAAAAUGGCUUUGAGAUAGGCAAGCCAGAUGAAGGUGCUAACGGGGAAACUGUUGGUGAUGAAAAUGGUAAAAGUGAAGUGCCGGAAGAGAGUGGUGCUCAGCAGGCUCCUGACAGGAUUCAGGAAGCAGGAGAGCAGAGUGAGGAGAAAGUUCUUAAUGAAGAUGCUGCUGCAGCUGGAGUUGAUGAGGAGAAUGAUGGAAAGAAACCAGAUUCUGCUGGGGAUGUGGAGCCAGUUAAAGCUGAUGAGCUGCUCCCAAAAGGGGAAGACGGGCAACCACUACAAGAAGCAGAGGAAGAAGCUCUAUCCGAUGAUCAGACUACCACUCGUAGGGUGGAAGUUCCUAAUGAUAAGGUUGGGGUUCUUAUUGGCAAAGGUGGGGACACUAUUCGUUUCCUCCAGUAUAACUCUGGGGCAAAGAUACAGAUAACAAGGGAUGCAGAUGCUGAUCCACGUUGUGUGACAAGACCAGUGGAAAUAAUAGGGACUCUAGGUAGUAUUAGGAAGGCUGAGAAGCUGAUCCAGGCUGUUAUAGCUGAGGCUGAUGCAGGGGGUUCCCCUUCCCUUGUUGCUAGGGGCCAUCCUAGCGCUCAGAAUGCUGCAGUUGCAGAGCAACUGGAGAUGCAAGUUCCAAACGAGAAGGUUGGUUUGAUCAUAGGAAAAGGUGGGGAUACUAUCAAGGGUCUACAAACAAAAACUGGAGCACGUAUUCAGUUAAUUCCUCAACAUCUCCCUGAAGGAGAUGGAUCAAAAGAAAGGACUGUACGUGUGACUGGCGAUAGGAAGCAAAUUGAUAUGGCAUGUGAGUUGAUAAAGGAAGUCAUGAGUCAGAACGUGAAGCAAUCAUCAUCUCUUUCUGGGGGUUUCAACCAGCAGCAAUCGUAUCGAUCUCGUGGACCCAUUGGCCCGAACCACUGGGGUCCACCACGAGGCCCUCAUCCAUCCCAACCAAUGCCUCCUUAUGAUUACCACCACCGAGGACCUCCAUAUCCACCGCAGCAUGGCAUGCACUACCCACCUCCAAGUUAUGGUAAUUACCCCCCACAGCAGCACAUGGGUCACAGAACGAACUAUGGUCCUGGUUGGGAGCAACGACCUCCUCCCAAUAUGCCACCUGGUGGUGGUGGUUAUGAUUACUACGGUGGUCAACGAGGCCACAUGUCUGACCACCCUGCUGCUCCGCCAGUCUCUGGCCACCCGCCUGGUCCUGCUCCUGCAACGAAUUAUGGUUAUGGACAUGAUUAUGGGCAUCAACCUUCUUAUCCCCAGCCGGCACAACCUCAGCAAGGCUAUGGCCAUGGAUAUGACGAACCAAAGUAUGGACAUGCCAAUUCACAGCCAGGUUAUCCAGGAUAUCCAGCUCAACAUCAACAAUACAGCAAGCAGCAACCACCGGCUUACCCCAUGCAAGCACAGGGCCAGCCUCCUCAGCCGUAUGGUCAACCGAGUCAAGCAUACAGUCAAGGUGCUGCAACAGCUCAACAGCAGUAUUCUUACCAAUCUGGGUAUCCUCCAUAUGGUUCUGCAAAUGAUGGGUAUUCUCAGGUUCCAGCUCAGCCGAGUGGACAGCCUGUACCUGCUUAUAGCCAGGCUGCCCCUGCAGCAUAUGGAUCAUAUCAACCUUCGCAAGGCUAUCCUGAUCAGGCUGCCACCGCUCAGAACACUGCUGCUGCUACUGGUUAUGGUUAUCAAGCACAAGAUCCUGCACAUCAGGUCUAUGCUCAGCCAGCGCAAGCAGCUGCUGCUCCACCAGCUCAACCGAGCUAUGAUCAGUCAGUGGCACAACCGGGGAGCUAUGCUGCAGCACCUGUUGCUGCUUCUGCCCCUGGGGGUGCAGCUCCGGUGGGGUAUGGGAAAACGGUAUCUCCUCAGCCAGCAGCGUAUGGUCAGUAUGAUUCGAGCCAGAUGUAUGCUGCUCCUCAUUGAGAAGAUACGGUUUAGUGGUUGUAUUGAAUAGUUAUGUGAUUUAAUAUUCUGGGAUUCUGAAUAGUAGUAUGAUUGUAUGAAUUAGUUCUUGCUGCAUUAGGUCCUUUGGCUGACUGAACUGGAAUGUACGGCUGAAUUUUAUGUUAAUGCUGAUCUCUUUUGAAUGACGGAGUUAAUUGGGCCAUUAUGUUGGAAUGAAGGCAUGCUUUGGAC